AUGUCGUUUGGCGGUCUCGUCGAUCGACUGUCGGCUCUCACUGGACACGGGAUAGGGUUAGGAGGAGCUGAACCAGAGCCGACGAUGGAGAGUGAACCCAUCCAUCAUGUUUCUCCUGGUCGAUGGAGCCGGAUCAUUGGAAUAACAGCUGCUGGAGCGGGCGCACGUGUGGCUUCGGGAUCAUGGACAUGGCAUGUGCAGGAGAUGAUGCAAUUCAGAGGGACAUUGUACUGGAUCGGUGCAGUCGUCAUUAUCUUAAUCAUCGCUGCUAUCACCAAUCCCAAUGAAGCUUCUUUCCGAUCACACUUGACAGAGCUUUCGUUCAGGAGACAUCUGGCCUACUUUCGGUCUCCAGACGAAAUCGUCCUGUCAGAGGAAGAAUCAACCACCAUCGACUCGAGCGGUCAUGUCACUCCUGAGAUCGCUCCCGUCGCGCCGUUCAGGUUCGCCAGUCAUGUCUCGGUCUCUCUUCGAACACCACCAUUACAUUAUCGUACAAUUUGCUUCUUUUCGUUGGCCCUUACUUCACCGCUGGCUCCUCCGAUAUUUCUACCCGAUCUUGCUCCUACACCACUGGGAAGGAAAUGUCCUUGGCCACGAGAAAGGGUCGUUCUCUACAUGGGUUUCUUUGGGUAUUGGGUCAGGCUGGGGAUGGUUCCAAAACGGUUGGAAUGGGUGUGGAGACUUUUCACCGAUGGACCCAAGGAUAAAGGCAAGAGAAAAUCUCUGCUGGAAAAGCCUGGAGUCAUGGGCAUGCGAGCUAUCAGCUCAAAGGAGGAGACUCCAGGUACGCCAUCGGCCCGCAAACUUGGCAUUGAACCUUCAGCUGGCUCCAAACGGGACUCUAUGCUGUCCAUGCUGUCCCCAACCAAAAAUGUUCGAAAAUCCGAUUCUGUCAACAACCUCUUUGAAUCCUCUGCUCCACUUCACCCACCGAUACAAGCUUUCGCACCGGAGUCACGUCGUCCCUCUAUGGUCAAUCUGGCCACUCCCUUAGCUCAACCAGAAGCCGAUGCCAACUCCCCAAUAUUGAUCUCGCUCAAGGCUGAACUCGGCGCUGCACAAUCUGCCCUCUCAGAACUUGAAGCUCAACUCCUGUCUCAUGAAGAAUCUGUUACUCGUGCCCAUGCUCAUUUGCAAACGACUCUGGAUGAGCACCGGACACGCCGGCGCGAGGACGACAACGAGCGGCAAGAGCUCAAGGGUCGGACAAAGAAUCUGGAUGAGCAGAAACGUCAGGCAGAGAGUGCGAAGCGGGAAGCUGAGAAAAAGUUGAAGGCUGUAGAGAGUAUCCGUGAUGGUUUAGAGAGCAAGAUUGAAGGGGCUAAGGCCGAGAUCAAGCGGUUGGCAGGGUCUGUGGAACAAUCAAAGAAGAAUGUUGUCAGUAUUAGAGAAGAAGGGGCCCGAUGCGUGGUCCAGACGCAAAAGGCUGUUCAGAGGAGGAAGCAGGAGUUACAGAAAUUGGAAGGCGAUCUCGAGCAUCUGGACGAGGGGAACAAUCGACUUGCCCAAGCUAUCAAGGAGGCUGAAGGGAGGGUGGCCGAGGUGCUCAAAGCAGGGGAGGAGGCGAAGAAGCUUGGACCGGAAGAGGAGAUGAUGAUGAUGGCGGCGGCUUACGAAGCGGCAGCUCAAGAAGGAUAUCACGAUUCGCGAGCUCAUGCGCAUCAAGGUCAUCGGGAUCAAUGGGCCAAUCAAGCCGCGGCGUACAUGGCGGAAGCUGGGAUGCCGAUGCUGGAUCAUAACUACACGGCCCGUCCUUCUCAAUCUGCUUCGUUUGGUCACCUUGCAGGCAACAAGCGAGGAUCAGGCGAGGAAAGUACCGAGAACCCCAUUGGAUUCGACAACUUUGGACCGGCACCUAGGGAUAUUCUACGACCUUCCACACCCCCUCAGUCAAGUGAUUCGGGCUCGGAUAUCUGGGGGCAUGAUCCUGGUUCGCCGAAUGGAGGCAUUUCAUCAACCUUCAGUGCCAAUCUUUUACCUCAGGGACUAUUCAGAUCACUCGAAGGCGACCAGACUCCGCUUCGCGAACGAAUGGGGGACAUGCCAGUGCUGGGAAUGGGAACUGCACAGAAGACGCCUUCACUAGGCUCACCUCCGGCCAAUGGUCAUCUUGUUUCCAAGCUCGGAGUUGAAAAGGAUGACAGCAGUGAUUCAUCCUCUGAACAUGAUCUGUGGCGGUCACCCCUUCCUGCGGCUGGCAAUCUUCGCGAGGGGCGUCUCUUGCCGCCGUCUACGACUCCACCUGGUGCACCUGCUUUACCUGGACUUCCAUCUCUACCUAUCGCUCGCCCUUGGCUAUCUACGAGUUCUUCGGAAAACCUAGCAUUCGCCUCGAACGACCCAUUGGUCCGAACGACAAGCUACGAAGCCAAUCCGAAUCCGUUUGCACCAUCUGCAUCUGAGAAAAAGGCAUUGGCCCUUGGUUCGUUGAAUUGGGGUCCAUUGAGUCGAGGCAAUAGGACGAGGAACGAAGGGGGAGCCGGAACGGCUCGAAACUUGUCACUUAAUACCAAUUGGCUUUCUUCAAGAUUUCCACAUGGCAGUAAUAACAAUACUCAUCCGCUCAAAACGUCGGUCUCGAAUGACGCUAUUCGAUCGACGUUGUCGGCGGGUCAAGGAAAUCAAAGUCAAGGUCAGAAUGACGAAUCUUCAGAGAACCCUGGAGAUUCACCCAAACGACCGUUUCGGUUCUUCUCUCUGCGACGUCCUACGAGUUCGGGACAAGGGUCUACUUCCUCCAAGGAUGGGCAUUUGUCCUCGUCUAUCGGCUCAAAUGCUUCGUAG